AUGACCGCUCGAUCGGCACCGGUUCAAAUCUUCCCAGGCAAAGGCCUGGGCUUCAUCACACUCGGUGCCUCCCUACACAACGUUCUGACUCGCGUGAAGUCUCACCCUCAAACAUACCCAGAGAUCGACCUGGCAUAUUCCUCAACGGACCCUCUUCUCAACCCUGUCAUCUUGAAGUUGCCCGCUAACGGCUUGCGACUUCGGUUCGACGGACCCGAUCAGAGACUACGUUUGAUCGAGGUGCUGGACUUCUCUCGGGGGAGCCUAGUCUACAAGAAUCAGGAUGUGUUGAAGGGGGGUAAAUCCACUGAAGGAACUGCCACCUUGCAAGGCCCUAACUUCCGACAUGUCUAUAACCGCCUGUUUGGCCCCUCCUAUCCGGGCGAAUACAUCCCGCCAACCGACCCCAAGUCGCAAUACGGCACAUAUGUGCUGUCAUACCCGGGGGUCUCCUUCUCAUUCCCUCUUCAACACUCUGCAUGGUCCGACUCGUGUGACUUUGUGGCACUGCUUUCCUCCUCCGCUGCAUUGCCAGCGACAUCCUUGGCUAUCUUCCAAGGUUCCUCAUGGCCGGAGGCUCGCUCAAAGCUGUUCACUCAGCAGCCCCAGUAUCCACGUUCGUCUGCCGUGAUCAGCAAAAAUCGUGACGCAUUUGCCGACGAGAUCGAAAUGAUCCACAUCCUGGGUGCUGGGAAAUUAGAAGCAGAGCGACGAAAUAAUCCACCCGCACAAAUCAUCCUGGGGGAGACAACUCCUCAGGAUCUGAUUGCCGAAUUCGGUCCCCCAGAUGCCAUCUACCGUAAACACGACCGACGGAUAUCGAUUCACCGUGCAACCGGCAGUGGCGGAACGGGGGAUGCCCUGCGUUUGAGUCCAUCGCCUGGAACAGGAAUGGAGAUCCCAGAUACUGACCACUCCUCCAAUAACAGCGUGACGGAUGACUCGGAUGAGGAAGUAUCUCCAAACAGCAUUAGUGAUCCAACCUCACUACCUGCUGAAUGCUUCUUCAACUACUUCCAUCACGGAUUCGAUGCAUUCAUCUCCCACCCAACAACUCCAGGGCCUGCAUUUCCUACAUCAGAAAUUACAGAAUCCUCGUCUCAGCCUUCUCUGCCACAACUGACAGUAACAAAGAUCAUCUUACAUGGAAACGUUCCCGGAUCUUACCCGUUCAACCGUCACCGUCGCAGUCGGUGGACGAUCCACCUUGACGAGUCCGGAGACGGUCUGACUUCCGAGUCUCCCUUCGAUGACAUCUCCAAGCGGUUGCGCGAAGUUUGGAAGGACUCGAAUGCCAGUCCCGAGGAACAGCGAGUAAUGCAACGACCCAUGGUCUUGAACCGCGGCUGGGGCGACAGCCCUGAGAGCAGCGUCGAGUUCCUUGGUGGGUGGGAAGAAACCACAUCCCGAGGGCCACGGACUGGUCCCGAUGGACAUGAUGGUGGACUGGGCAAUACCGAGCUCUUUGGGUUCCCGGGUCUACUAUUUGAAGUGCUGAAGAACGGUGCGGUGAGCUGCCUUACGGUUUAUUAG